GGUAUUUGAGUUUUGACCACUAACCGCAUGGUUAACGAAUUGAUUUCUCUAUUAUGAUUUUGUUUACAUUAUUUGCUUGUUAAAUUUAAAAAAAAAUGUCUAAUUUGCUAGAAGUGUUAGUUACUUGUGACGCUAACAAUAAUCUCUGGACAUGCAGUAUAUGGGAUUUUCAUACCGGCACGAACUUAAUGACUUACAAAGGUGGUGGAACCGCCGAAAGUCGAACACUCUCGUUUAUCGGCAGCGAUUAUCUGGCCGCUGUUGAAAAGACUAAACCCGUUCUACAUGUUUGGCCUCUAAACUCGCAACAAACAGUCCAAGGCAUGCGUUUUAUAUUACCGGGUAAAGCCAGUGCAUUUGCUGUUACACCUGACGGUUCCUACUGUGUCGCUGGUAUCGAAGAGAAAAUUUACCUGUGGCAAGUUUCAUCUGGUAGUCUUCUAACGAUCUUAAAUCGACACUAUCAAAAAGUCAAUAUUUUAAAAUUUACUAGUGAUGGACGUUUCUUUGUGUCCGCUGCUGAAGAUGGCAUGGUGAUGGUAUGGUCACUAGCAACGGUGGCAGCUAAUCCUGAAGUAGAACUUGUCAUGCAGGCCAUAGCGGGGCAACAUGAUCCAGUAUAUAUAUUAUCCGAUCACUCUUUACCAGUAACGGAUUUGUGUAUAAGUAAAACUGGUAUGCACGGACGUUUGUUUACUGUAUCUAGUGAUAGAUCGUGUAAAAUAUACGAUUUAACCUGUGGUGAAAUGUUAUUAAACCUUAUUUUUGAUGAACCUCUAUCCUCAGUUACUUUGGACGUUCUAGAAUUAAAUAUUUUCAUUGGAUCAACAGAAGGAAAAAUACUUCAAUUUAGUAUUACAAAUCCUCCUAGGACUAGAGAUGUACUUGUUAAUAAUGAAGAUAAUAGAAGCAUAUUCUCAUCUCAUACUAAAGCAGUUACAUGUCUGUCUGUAUCACUCAAUGGAGAUAUUUUAAUGUCUGGUUCUAAUGAUGAACAAGUUAUAUUAUGGCAUAUUAAAAGCAAACAGCCAGUGAGAAUGAUAAGGCAUAAAGGACCUAUAACUAAUGCAUUUUUUACUACCAAUUAUGAUGCUAUUUAUAAUCAAGAUUUUAUACCUAGAAUUGUUCUUAAAAGUUUGGAAAGAACCCUUGAAAAGAAUAGUGAGGGUGUCGCCGAAAUAGAGGUCCUUGUAAGAAAGGAAAAUAAUUUCUGGCCAAAGUAUGAGGAUGAUAGUAUAGACAGCUCUUAUGAUGGUGCUAUAUCAAAGGAAAUGGAGCGUGAAGUUAAACAAAAUGAAGAAAAACUUAAGGUUGAAUUGGAAAAGAUGAAGCAAAUUAAUUCCAAUUUAUAUGCUAUAUCAAUUGAAAAUGUGCUGAAAUCUAUACCUACUGAAAAUGUAAGACAAAAUAACAAUUCAAAAAAGAAAAAGAAAAAUAAAAAGUAAUUAUUUUAAAGUAA